AUGUUGGAACAACGGCGAAGCGAUGCUGCGGAGCGAGAUGGUGCAAGGGUCGCUAUCUACGUGUCGACGGUGAGACCAGCGAUGGCCUCGGUACGAUACAAAUACGCUGCACCUGCGGAUCAACAACAGAACGAGGGCUGUGGACUCGACGGCGAACGUCAAACUGGGGAAGGCGCGUACUUAUCAGCACCACAGUCGGAAACCAACAAUGGCAAGGUGGAUAUUAUCGGAGAGCUGUUAGUGAGCACGGUCGUGAGAAGGGAAACGAUGGCUAAGGCGGAAGACACGACGAGAGCUGCGAGGGACAACGGCGCGAGUACCGCGGAGAAGGUAGACGCACCGCUAAGCGAUGGUAUUGCACAAAUACGUCCUACACGUCGAAGAGAACGGAAACAAGCUAAACGCAAGAAAAUGAAGAAUGCGCGAGCACGACAGCGUAGUGCCGAGCAGCAAGAUGCAGAAGAAAUACAGCGUGUUACCGUCGAGCAGUUGACCAAGCGACAACGAGUUGCAGAAGUCGCUUUGAACGAAGUCGUGGAGCAGAAGCAUCGGCGAAAUGAGAGAAAGGCAGCGAGCGAACUGAGAACUGCUAGAGUGAGUCUAGUACAACGGCAAAAACGUGCGGGGCAUGACGAGGAGCUGGCUAGUACAGACACUGAGGUGGAGAACCUCCUUGGUGGCGACUCGACAGUGGUGCCCAAGUAA